CAAAUUGAUAAUUUUCUUGCUUCUACGGCUUUGCCGCGCGUGCUUGGUAUCACUAUCCCUAAACCUUGCCUGACCUCUGGCGUCUCGCCGUCGCUGUCGCCGGAUCGCCACCACCCUCUUCGGGCAUUCUCUUUCUCUCUCUCUCUUUCUCUCUCUCUCUCUCUCUUCAAGAUGGAGGGGAGAGAGAAGGGGAAGGGUAUAGCAACUCCCAUAGCCUCCUUAUUCUCCGUUGAUGAGGCUCAAAAGGCUGCACAGUGGGUUAACGACUCUAUCGCCGAGCGCCAGAAAGAGCUUGACCAGCUCAACGCCUUCAUCGCCGACAAUAACGCCCUCAAGAAAGUCGUCCAGAAGCUACCCGACGAACUCUCCCACGAUAUCAUGGUACCAUUUGGAAAGGCAGCUUUCUUCCCGGGAAAGAUUGUUCACACGAAUGAAUUUAUGGUUCUAUUAGGAGAAGGAUAUUAUGCAGAGAGGACAGCAAAACAAACAGUGGAGAUUCUACAGAGGAGGGGAAAGACAUUGCAGUCGCAAGUGGAGGCUUUAAAAGCUACAAUAAGGGACCUUCUCGCCGAGGCAUCAUUUUUCAAUUCCACUGCUGCUGAAGCUGCUGAAGGUCUUGUGGAAAUAAGGGAAGACUAUGAUGAAGAGCACUCUUUGACAGACCUAGAACCAGGCACUUCAAAGUUGGAAUCACUGCAUUUGUCUGAAGAUGGGAGUGACAAGAAAUUGACUCAGAAUGAAGAAUUUGAUAGGUUGAUGUCCAGAUUAGAUGAACUGGAGAAAGAAGAAGAUCAGGAUGGAAAUUCUUCAAUGUCUUCUGAUGAAGAUACGAGACCUGAAAGUUCAGUAAUUGAGUCUCAGUUGGAAGACGUUAUUGAUUUGUCCACCGUCCAAAAUAGAACCACACAAGGAAGUGAGCUUGAACAAUUGCAUCUUCGGUUUUCUAAUAAAGUUGAACCGUCUGAAGGAAAUGAUGGAGCCAUUAAACCAAGGAAGUACGAUGAAAAGGUCUUGAAUUAUCCUAGACUGGAAGAGAAGCGCCAUGUGUCAUUUGCACCGCAAAAUGAUGUUUCAGAUGCUCCUGUUGAAGACAAUACGAGCACAGUGGGAUCUUCUCAUGCUCCGAAGGCUUUCACUGGUUCCAUUAUUGAACGAGGAUUUGACACCCCAUCAAGUUCUCCAUCUCAAGGAACAGGAUCCUCUCAGGAGAGAACAGUCCCAACAUCAUCGUCAAAGCCAGUCUCAAGAUUCAAGAUGCAGCGGGGAAGCCGCUGCUGAUAAUCCAGCUAAAGCUAUAACUGGAGUACCAGUUUUCCAUCUUCUGUUGUUGCUGACUAUGAUCCUCCUAUCUUGGGAUUGUAAAUUGUGUGUCUUAGUCUCCAAUCAGCCCUCACCGGGUUAAUGUGUUGAAAAGAAUGAUCUCGGAAGAAAUUUCACAGCAUGGUCUGUGGCCAUUUCGUUAAAAGUAAAGGGGUUCCAAAUUAAUGUGUAGGGAUUUUGACAAAUGAGCAGAUGAUAUGAGAAAGAAAAUGAUAUCAUUUCACUAUCA